CAGAAAAAGCUACCAGAGGGAUUUCCGGCCGCCGCCAUCUCUCGUUCCCCGGUCGUCGCCAUAAAACCCUGCCGACCCUUUGACCGUUCCUUCCACGCUACUCUUCCUAUCCAAGCAAUUACUACACGUCAAAGCCCCACUAUACCAAACUAACUUCACAUUAGACACAUUUCGCCCUCGAUUCUUCAUCUUUAUCAGUUAGCGCCUAAUCGCUUCGUCACGUCCCAUCUUUUCUCCCCAAUUCCCUCAAACUAGAACACUCGUCCAUCAAGCCUUUUUACCGAAACCCAAGUUUAUAAAUCGUUCUUUCUUUUGAUUCCCCCAUCCUCAACUUACCCAAUUUCCCUAAUGUCGUCUUACGGCCGAUCAUACUCUUCCGAGUCCUAUGCGCCGUCGGCGCCUUCCUUGCCGGAAUCCUACAGUCAGCAAGAAGACGAUCGUCGUUCCUAUGGAAGCUCUCGGCCGCAGUCUAGUGGAUAUGGAGUUCACCAGAAUCAUCAGCAGCAGCAGCAGUAUCACCAGCCCCCGCCGGCGUAUGGGCAGGGGCAGGGGCAGAGCAGUUCUCCAACGGGGUACUCGGGUUUCCCGCCGGGGACCCAUCCGGAUGUGAUUAGGAGCUUUGAGAUGGUGGAUGUUGAUCGAAGUGGGUAUAUUGAUGAGAAGGAGCUGCAACGAGCUCUCUCUUCUGGGUAUCAGAGGUUUAACCUCAGGACUAUUAGGUUGCUCAUGUUUCUCUUCAAGAAUCCCCACGAUGCUCUUCGAAUUGGGCCUAAAGAAUUUGCAGCUCUCUGGAGUUGUCUCGGCCAAUGGCGGGCCAUAUAUGAUAGAUACGAUAGGGACAGGAGUGGGAAGAUUGAUCUGUUCGAACUGAGGGAUGCCCUUUACGGGCUAGGAUAUGCAGUCCCACCUUCUGUUCUUAAAAUACUCAUGUCCAAGUAUGAUGAUGGAAGUGGCAGGAAGAUUGAACUUGGUUUUGAUAGUUUCGUCGAAUGUGGACUGAUUUUGAAGGGAUUAACAGAGAAGUUCAAGGAGAAGGAUAAGCGAUAUGUAGGUCAAGCAACUUUCAACUAUGACGAGUUCAUGUCCACGGUCCUACCCUUCCUAGUGGCAUACGAUUGAUUCUGAAACCUCCACCGACGAAUUGCCAGCCCGUUUCGGAAUUCAA